AUAGCAAUGCUGCCGUCGGAUGACUUGGUAGCAGUUAAGAAACUCCACAGCCCUUGUGAUGGUGGUGAGUGGAGCAAUCGAAAAGAGUUCUUAAACGAGGUAAGGGCAUUAACUGAGAUACGCCAUCGGAACAUUGUUAAGCUUUAUGGUUUCUGUCAACAUUCACGGCACUCAUUUUUGAUUUACGAGUACCUUGAAAGGGGUAGCUUGUUUUCAAUCUUGGCCAAUGAUGAGGAAGCUAAGAAGUUGGACUGGAGUAAGAGGGUGAAUAUCAUUAAAGGUGUGGCUCAUGGUUUAUCAUACAUGCACUCUGACGUGUCUCCGCCAAUUGUUCAUCGAGACAUAUCCAGCAAGAACAUGUUGCUAGAUGAUGCAGAUGAAGUUCGGAUUUCUGACUUCGGCACUGCUAAGGUUCUAGAUUAUAACUCAUCUAACUGGACUGCAGUUGCAGGCACAAUUGGAUACAUAGCACCAGAGCUUGCUUACACAAUGAAGGUGACAGAGAAAUGCGACGUCUACAGCUUUGGGGUGUUAUCACUGGAAGUGAUCAAAGGAAAGUACCCUAGCAUUCUAGUGGAGUCUUUGUUGUCAUCUGCAAUCACGACAGACAAAAUGUUGCCGGAUUUGCUGGAUUAUCGCCUUGCGCAUCCGACUGGUAGAAUUCUGGAUGAAGUUCUUACUAUCCUAAAGCUAGCGGUUGUAUGCUUAAAUACUAAUCCGGAGUUUAGGCCUACCAUGCACGAAAUUUCCCAUGACAUUUCAAAUCAUCGUAAGUAAUGGUACUUGGGAAUUCCAUUGGUCUUGUAAUUUUGUUAAGUUCUUUA